CUCGCUUUGGUGCGCAGGUGGGGGUCAGUUGCUGGUCAUGGCGGCGGCCGUACUUUCUCGCGGAGGCGCUUCAGGUGCGUCUUAUUAUUAUGUAUUAUAAGGGGAGGGAGAAUGGGGGUGCAGCUGGAGGGAGUGUGGGGAGGGAUGAAAAAGAACCCUACUAGACAAACCGUUUCAAUGUAAGUUUUUUCUGUCUCCUUUUUCUAGUCGUCAAUUUACCCAGAUUUUCACAUGUUAUUAUUUUUAAGUAGUGUUAAUUUUAAAUAAUUUAAUUUUAAUUUAUUUCAACCUCUUGAAAGUUGGUCAGCAUUUUGGUGUAGAUUUCUCCUAAUGCCCACGCUUUUGCAAAGGGUAUUUCCCAUAAUAUUUACAUUUGCCAUAAUUAAUGCAUUCUGUAUAUAAUUCAGCUAAAAUGAUUCAUUUAUAGGUGUUUCCCCAUUUCUAUGGGGGUAGGACAUCUUUUCCCAAUGGAAGGGCAGAUCUUUCUCCUCCCUGCAGGCCAACGUGGGCAGGUGGGUGACCUUCCUUGGUCUCUCCAUAGGGCUUGGGGUCAAGGCAAACCCUUAAGCAUUGAAAAACCUUCUGCAGGGGCUCCCCCUGGAAUUUGUAAUAAUUUUUAUCCGGCCUGAUUUUACUAUUACUUAUUAAAUUUAUAUACCUCCCAAUACCCACAGGCCUCAGGGCCGUUCACAGGAUAAAAUUACAAUAUAAGAACUCAAAGUACAAUAUCAAAACAUAAACAAAAGCAAGCCAAUACCCCCCCCAACACACACAUUUUAUAUAUUUUUGUUUCAAUUAAGUAAGCAGUUUCUGCAAGAGCAGUUCGGGGCAGAAGAGGUUUUAAAAAAAAGGAGAAGCAAGCAAUUUCAAGUCCACUUUAAAAGUGUGGCUGAGGCCUUAUACAGACAGGUUAAUAAUGAUAAUAGUACUGGUAAUACAACUACUAAUAAUAUGAAUACCCCAGAGCGUCCUCGCCCACUUUGUGGAGCCCAAUUGGCCCCCUGGUACACUCCAAGCUGGGAGACUGAGCACAAGUGGAUGAAAGACCCGAAUUAAUGAAACCAAACACUGGUAAGGGCUCAUUAUCAAGCCUACCUAGUGGCAGUGAAGGCAGCAAAGAAGGCAUAGUUUUCUGCCUCUAUUGCAUCCUCAACAUGUCGUCUGGCAGAGAUUUUCCAGUUUGUACAGGGCCUUUUACAGGCUGGCCCAAAGGAGGAGUAGAACCAGCAGUAGCUGGCUGUGACUUGUUUGCAACGCAUUUUUGGCGAUCAAAUUGCUUGUAUCCACCAAGACCUUGACUCUGCUGUUACAGCAGAUGAGUCUCAUGGGGUGUCCAGAGCACAUUCUAGUCCUGUUGUGUUGGAUGAGUUUUUUCAGUUGGUAAGGCUCAAGGAUAUGGACACGGUUCUUGGAUCAGUCAGAGUGACCAUUUGCAUUCUAGACCCUUUCCCCUCUUGGCUGAUAAAAUCCAGCAGGGAGGGAACAGCUGGCAGGACCAGGGAGAUGAUCAGUGCCUCUUUACAAGAGGGGGUGGUCCCUCCAUGUUUGAAGAAGGCAGAGGUAAAACCACUCCUUAAGAAGCAUUCCCUGAAUUCCUGAAUCCUAACUAACUACCGGCCAGUUGCUAAUUAACCUUUCCUGGGCAAGGUUCUGGAGCAAGUAGUCACAGACCAGAUCCAUUUCAAUCAGGUUGUGGCCUGGUUUUAGCACAGAAACUACUUUGGUUGCCCUGUACAGUAUGUUGAUUUCUGUCAUGAGAGAGACAAGGGAAACAUGUCCCUGUUAAUUCUUCUUGACCUCUCAGUGGCUUUCAAUACUAUCGGCCAUAGUAUCCUUCUGGAGCAGCUCUCUGAACUGGCUUUGCGGUGCUUCCAGUCCUACUUGGAUGGUCAUUCCCAGAGGGUGUUACUUGGGGAAUGCUUUUCAGCCCCAUGGAACCUUCAAUGUGGGGUUCCAGAGGACUCAAUCCAAUCCCCCAUGUUGUUUAACAUCUAUAUAAAACUGCUGGGUGGGGUGAUCUGGAGGUUUGGAGUACAUUGCCAGCAGUAUGCUGAUGACACUCAGCUCUAUUUCUCCUUCCUAUCUGCUGGUGAGGCAGUGGAAGUGCUGGACCAGUGUCUUUGUAAUGGACUGGAUGAGAGCCAACAAAUUGAAGCUCAAUGCAGAUAAGAGUGAGGCGCUGUUAGUGGGUGGUUCCCUAGAACAGAUGCCUGGAAGCUUGCCUGCUCUUGAUAGGGUUACACGUCCUCUGAAAGAGCAGGUUUGUAGCUUGGGGUUCUCCUGGAUCCUUUGCUGUCGCUCGAGGCUCAGAUGGCCUGGAGUGCCUUCCAUCAGCUUUGUCUGGUGGCCCAGGUAUGCCCCUGGGCCCAGGGAUAGUCUAACUACCGUUGUCUAUGCUCUGGUAACUUCAAGGUUAGAUUUAGAUACGCGUUAUACGUAGGGCUGCCUCUGAGGACAGUUUGGAAACUUGAGCUAGUGCAGAAUUCAGCAGAUAUGUUGCUCACUGGAGCAAGGUGGUUUGAGCAUAUUACCCCCCUCCUGGUUUGACUGCACUGGCUACCAAAUAGUUUCCGGGCCCGAUUCACAGUGCUGGUUUUGACCUAUAAAGCCUUUAAUGGCUCAGGACCACAAUACUUCAAGGGCUGCUUCUUUCCAUAUGAACCUACCUGGACCCUCAGGCUCUCUUUUGUGGGCCUCCUCCUCAAGUGGUCUGGAGGGUAGCAACACAAUAACAGGGCCUUCUCUGCAGUGACUCCCCGUCUGUGGAAAGCUCUCCCCAGGAAAGUUCACCUAGCACCUUCAUUAUACACCUUUAGGCGCCAUGCAAAAAUGUUUUUAUUCUGUGAUCUUUUCUGUGAAUCAUGCUGACACCUCUGGGUAUAGGGCAGUAUAUAAACUCAAUAAAUAAUAAUACUAACAUCCAUACUUUAAUUAUUUGUACCCCACGGAUCUGACUGGGUUCUCUGAGCCACUUUAGCUGGCUUCAAACAAAAAUAAAAGCAUAAUAAAAUAUUAAACAUUAAAUACUUCCCUGUACAAGGCUGCCUUCAGAUGUCUUCUAAAACUUGUAUAGUUAUUUAUUUGUUUGACAUCUGAAGGAUAGUGUUCCACAGGGUGGGCACCACUGCCAAGAAGGCCCUCCGCCUUGUUCCUUGUAACUUCCCUUCUCACAGUGAGGGAACUGCCACAAGGCCCUGGGACCUGGAUCUCUGUGUCCUGACUGAAUGAUUGGGGUGAAGACGCUCUUUUAGCAUUUCAUCAGUUUUCCUUUUUAUUCCAUCAGGAUAUGUUGAAGGGAUGCUGGCAGAAGGGGAACAAUCAGAAGUGUCAUCAAAAGGAUCCAAAGAGGAGGAGGAGCAAAGGAAGCUGAGGGUUCAAGAUGGAGGCAGAAGGCAAGAGGGGAGACGAAAGCAGAAGCCAGAGGGUGACUCUUGUACAUCUCAGGGUGGUGAAAACCAAAUUCCCAGAGAGGAGAAAAAGCAUGAAUGCACAGUGUGUGGAAAGAGAUUGGGUAGUCGGUCAGCUCUAACCUCACAUCAACAAAGAGUACACACAGGAGAGAAACCGUAUAAAUGUUUGGAGUGUGGAAAGAGCUUCAGUCAGAGUAGUUCCCUUAUCUCCCAUCAACGAAUUCAUACAGGAGAGAAACCAUAUACAUGUUCCGAGUGUGGAAAGAGCUUCACUCAAAGUAGUGGCCUUACCUUCCAUCUAAGAUCUCAUACAGGGGAGAAACCGUAUACAUGCUCAGAGUGUGGAAAGAGCUUCACUCAAAGUAGUGACCUUACCUUGCAUCAACACAUUCAUACAGGGGAGAAACCAUAUACAUGUUCUGAGUGUGGCAAGAGCUUUAGUCACAGCAGUGCGCUUACUGGACAUCAACAAACUCAUCGAGGCACCAAACCUUAUAAAUGUUGGGAAUGUGGCAACAGCUUCAGUCGCAUCUACUCCCUUUCCUUGCAUCAAAGAAUUCAUAUACGGGAGAAACGAUAUACGUGUUUGGAGUGUGGAAAGAGCUUCAGUCAGAAUGGCACCCUUACCUUGCAUCAAAGAGUGCACACAGGAGAGAAACCGUAUAAAUGUUUGGAGUGUGGGAAGAGUUUCAGUCGUGGUAGCUCCCUUACAUUGCAUCAAAGAACUCAUACAGGAGAGAAACCGUAUACAUGUUCAGAGUGUGGAAAAAGCUUCAUUUGCAGUAGGUCCCUUAUGUUGCAUCAAAGAACUCAUACAGGGGACAGACCAUAUAAAUGUUCCGAGUGUGGAAAGAGCUUCAGGAACAGGAGUCACCUAACUAGACACCAAAGAAGUCAUACAGGAGAGAAACCAUAUACAUGUUCAGAGUGUGGAAAGAGCUUCAGUCAGAGUAGCGGCCUUAAUAGACACCAAAGAAAUCAUACAGGAAGGAAAUCUUAGAAAUGUUUGGCGUAUGGAAAGAACUUCAGUGACAGGGGCUCCCUUUCUAAACAGUAAAAACUCAUACAAGGCAAAUAUCUUAGAAAGGGCUGAAGUGUGGGAAGAUCUUUAUUCAUAUCAAAUAACUCCUACAGAGAGUAAAACAAUGAUUGUGUUCUGGUCCCCCCAUGUUUGUCAUUCACUAAAAUGCUUGCACUUCCCGUGACAAGGCAGAAGCCAUUCUUGGGAAUUCCUGGGCAGAGAGCUGCUGUACCCUAGACUGCAAAAAGAAACCAACCAUAUCCAGCACGCAAUGCUAAAAAAUCAGAUUCUGGUUUAAAUGCAGUUUUUUAGAUAUAUUUUUACAGAAGAGCAUCCAGAAUUGUUAAAAGUGCCUGUGUUAGGAAAACAAUUGCCCUAGAUACCCUAGUUCAAGCUUUCCCAAACUUGGCCCUCUAGCUGUUUUUUGGACUACGAUUUCCAUCAUCCCUUAAUACUGCUAGCUGGGGUGAUGGGAGUUGUAGUCCAGAAAGAACCGGAGACCCAAGUGUGGGAAUCCUCCUCUAGUGAAAGGUGAGGAUACGGACGUGAACUGCGCUCAUUCAAUUGUAGAUGGCAUCUUUCAUAGCUCCGAUAAGAGAGGAGUUCAGGGAGCAAACGGCCUCUUCCUCUGAUGACGUCUCUCCCCCUGCCUUGCUGAGCUUGUGUGUUUCUGCUUCCUUGCAGCCAUGGGAUCUGCUGCUGUUCAGGCUCAUGCCACUGUCUGUGUUGCCUUGUCAGAAGCUGCCCACUGGUGUCCCCCAGCCCUACUCCCCACUAUGUGUGUCAUUGACUAUAAGGCUUGCACAAGCCAUUGCUCGCCACUGGAGGAGAGCCUGCCCAGACCCCAAUGUGUCUGGUUGCUGCUCUGCCACUUCUUGUGCCAAAGGUUGCCCAUUCUCCACCAGAGAAGAAGGCAAGCAAAUCCUUAAGUCUGGGUUUGCUCUUGAAGACCACAGGAAAGCCACGCUGCCGCCGCACAAUUUCUGUUCUCAUCCUGAAGCAAAGUUCUUAGCCUCAGGUACUAUUUCUGGCUCUGUAACCUGAAGCGUCUGUAACCCAAGGUACCACUGUAUAACCCUUCCCCCAAUGUCAGUUGCUUCUUGUGUCUCUCUCUGUUCCCCCCCUCUUCUAUCAUGUCCCUCACAACAGCAGUCGAUUGCGUUUCUUCCUUGAUUUCAUGCUCCUUUUCUCUUUGGGGGCCUUACCAAAUAAUUGUGUCUCUUCCCGGUGAAUGUUGGGAGAGUGAGAACGAAGGAGAGUCACAUGGAGGUGCCUUGGAACUAACCAGUUGCAAAGAGAGGGGAGGCCAAAUCACACGUACGGAAGGAAAUGAGAUGAGCAAGAAUAAAUCCCUUGCCUCUGAAGACGGUGACAUUUUGGAAAUCCAAGAAAACAUGGAUGGAGGAAAGGAGAGGACUCUGUGCUUAGUGUAUGGGGAAAGCUUUGGUUCGAAAUCGAGCCUCACUGCUCAUUGGAGAAUCCACACAGGAGAGAAAUCCUUUAAAUAUUCAGACGGUAAUAGGAGCUUCAGUGACAGAUCAACCCUCAAAAGGCACCUGAGAAUCCACACAGGGGAGAAACUGUUUAAAUGUCUGGAUUGCUUCGGUUGAAGCACCACCCUCACUUCCCAUUGCAGGAUCCACACCGGGGAGAAUCCGUAUAAAUGCCUGGAGUGUGGGAAGAGCUUCAGCACUUAUGAAUACCUUACUCUUCAUCAGAGAAUCCACACAGGAGAGAAGCCCUAUCAAUGCCCUGAGUGCAAGAAGAGGUUUAGUAGGAGACACAACCUUUCAUCACAUCAAAAGAUUCACACGGGCGAGAAGCCAUACAAAUGCCCAGAAAGAGCUUUAGCGACAGCACAAACCUCCAUUCACACCGGAGAAUUCACCCUAACCCAACCUCAAUUCACAAGAGAAUCCACACGAAAGAGAAUUACUUCAAACGCUCAGCGUGCGGAAAGAGCUUCAGUAAUAGCUAGUACCUCAGUUCCCACCCAAAAAUCCACACAGAGAAGUCGUUUAAAUGCAUAGAGUGCAGAAAGAGCUUCUGUUUUAGCACUAGCCUUAUUUCACAUCAAACUGUCCACACAGGGGAGAAACCCUUUAAAUGCCUCGAGUGUGGAAAGAGCUUUAGUACUAGUAAGUACCUUGCGUCUCAUCAACAGAGUCACAGAAGAGAGAACCCAUAGAAAUGGAGACUGCAAGGAGAGUUGAAGCCAAUGCUAGUCAGCCAGUGGACCUAACUAACGUAGAUUCAUUACUUGCAGUGGGUCUACUCUGAGGCCAAGCCUUAUGAGGAACGGUCGAAGGAGCUGGGUAUGUUUAGCCUAGAAAAGAGGAAAUUGAGAGGAGAUACAAUAGCCAUCUUCAAAGAUCUGAAGGGCUGUGUGGCGUUUGCCCUCCUCUGUGUGUGACAUCAUACUGGGUUCAUAGGAAAAGGGUUAACUAAUUGUAAAAUGACUAACCAAUAGGAACCAAGGGGGCAGAGUUAACUGUGUAUAAGGUUUAAGCACAGAGGGUUUUUUAGGGGUUAGAGUUAGAGUUGUUGAGAAGACAGUCUGGACUUAGAAGAGACAGAGAAGAUAAGUCUGUGGGUUGGGCUAGUCUGGUGUGAGAGAAUGAGAGAAUUCAUUAAGAGGAGUCAGUCAAACAGUUGAGAUAAUCAGAAGGUAUUAGGAAGGUAUAGGCCGGUAAGGAAACUAAAGUUAAGAUACUGACAGGAAUAUUAUCUGAGAAACCAUAAACUUGUUAAUGUUUGUAAAAUAAACUUUCUUUUUUAUUUUUGUUGUUCACGUUUUAACAACUGUCUGGACUCAGUGUUUUACCAGAGAGUAACUGGUUGGUGGCAGCGGGGAAGCGAGCACAGUGGUGGCACAGGGAUCAAUAGUUAAACGUCUGAGGACCCUGUGUGAUCGCCACAGGCUGUUACAUAGAAUAGGGAGCAAGCUUGUUUUGUCCUGCUCUGGAGGGUAGGACUUGAACCCACGGCUUCAACCUCCAAUAAAGGAGAUUCUGACUAAACAUCAGGAAGAACUUUCUGACUAUUGGACAGUGGAAAAGUCUCCCUCAGGAGGUUGUGGACUCUGCUUCCUUGGAGGUUUUUAAGCAGAGGUUGGGUGGCCAUCUGUGAUGGAUGCUCUAGUUGAGAUCCCUGCAUUGCAGGGGGUUGGACUAGAUGGCCCUUGGGAUCCCUUCCAACUCUACGAUUCACACCAUUCAUUUGACGCAUUAUGGUGCCACUUUAAACAAUUAUGGCUUCCCUCACAGAAUUAUGGGAGCUGGCAUGUUAAAACACUUGUGAGAAUUGUAGCUCUGUGAGGGGAACAGGGGGUCUCCUAAGAACUCUCAGCACCCUUAAUAAAUGGCACCUCCCAGAAUUCUUUGGGGGAAGCCUUGCCUGUAUAAAGCCGCAUCAUAGUAAAUCGGAGAUAUGGUGUGAAUGUAGCCUUGGUUGGAUACAAACCAGAGAGCUUCUAUCAAAGUUGGGACCUUUCUUCACAUCAGAGAACUCACAUGGGUGAUGCCCAAUUUUGUUAGUGUACAAUGAACUUCAUAACUACUCAUGAACAAAUGAAGAGCUUCAUUCCAAAAGGGACUUAAUUUUGACCCCCCAAAAAUCCAGUUUUGGCCUGUUGGUGUUGCCGUAAGUCCCACCAAUACGGGGCGGGGGUGGUGGAAUCUUGUAUAAAUUUUGGGCCUAAGUUACUGUGUUAGCAAGCCUUGAAAAUCGUGUUUGCACUCAGAAAGGACCUAGUCAGAAAUAAAUUUGUGGUCGCAAUUGACUUAAGCCCCUUUUGGAAUUAAGCUCUUCAAAUUCAGGUGUGGGAUAAACUUUCUAAAUGCUAUUCUUGUGGAAAGAUCAGAGCUCUGAAUUCUUGUGGAAAGAUCAGAGCUCUGAUCCUUUCUCCUGCAGAGUGAAAAAAAGCUAUGCUUUUCUAUCUCAACUUUUUGUAAUUUUAUAGAGAGAGUUCUUAAAAUCUCUGGCAUUUUGGAGAUGUUUUAUUGCUCCUGUCUGUGUGUAAAGUCGUGCUUUUUGCUGUUUUGUGGUUAUUCUUGUUUGGAAAGCCAUCCUGGAAAGUUUAAAAAUGUCCAAAACAAAAUAAAACCUUUCUUCUCACUUGAUUUUUUUAAGGA